AUGGUCAGCUCCUGUUGUGGCUCCGUCUGCUCUGACCAGGGCUGUGGCCAGGAGACCUGCUGCCAACCCAGCUGCUGCCAGACCACCUGCUGCAGGACCACCUGCUGCCGCCCCAGCUGCUGUGUGUCCAGCUGCUGCAGGCCCCAGUGCUGCCAGUCUGUGUGCUGCCAGCCCACCUGCUGCCGCCCCAGCUGCUGUGUGUCCAGCUGCUGCAGGCCCCAGUGCUGCCAGUCUGUGUGCUGCCAGCCCACCUGCUGCCGCCCAAGCUGCUGCAUUUCUAGUUGCUACAGGCCUUCUUGCUGUAUCUCCAGUUGUUGCCAACCCAGCUGCUGCCAGACCACCUGCUGCAGAACCACCUGCUGCCGCCCCAGCUGCUGUGUGUCCAGCUGCUGCAGGCCCACCUGCUGCCAGUCUGUGUGUUGCCAGCCCACCUGCUGCCGCCCCAGCUGUUGCAUCUCCAGCUGCUGCCGCCCCACCUGCUGCCAGACCACCUGCUAUAGAACAACCUGCUGCCGCCCCAGCUGCUGUGUGUCCAGCUGCUGCAGGCCCACCUGCUGCCAGUCUCUGUGCUGCCAGCCCACCUGCUGCCGCCCCAGCUGCUGCAUCUCCAGUUGCUGCCGCCCCACCUGCUGCCAGACCACCUGCUGUAGAACUACCUGCUGCCGCCCCAGCUGCGGUGGCAGUUCUUGCUGCUGA